UAAAAAUGUCCCUGAGACAAUGCUUGAGAGAUUCAGCUGACUAUGAAGCUGUGCAUAUUGUUCCACCUGGUGUGUUUGGGACUUCUAAGUUUCCUAAAACAUUUUUGGUUCAAACAGUGUUUGAAACUUUGGAUGAGCUACUUUUUGAAGAAAACAUUCUGAAAGAUCAACAGAAAAUUGUUUUGGUUGUGGAUGACAAAAUAUAUUUUGAAGAAUUCUAUAAAGAGCUUCAAAAAAGAUAUCAAGAAACAGAGAUACAAAAUAAUUUUUCAUUUUUUGAGAAAAUUAAAGACCUGUGGAACUUUGAAAAAAAAGGAAAAGAUGUAUUUACUUCAGCAAGCUUUACAAUGUCUGUAAAGAACAACAUUCCUGCAACACCCAUUAUAAUAUGGGGACCAUGUGAAGAAAAAAUGUCUGAAGCCUUUUCAGCUUUAAAUGAUGAGCUAUCUCACAUAAUGACAAAGAAUGCUGUGUUGCUGCAAUUAAAUGAGGAACAAAUAACAUUUCUUGAGAAUUUAAAAAGCAAUUUGAAAGAACUACCAGUUUUGAUUACUUUUACCAAGAGCUAUAAUGAGUCAGAUAAUUAUGAAACAUGCCAAAGUUGCACAGGCAGAAAUAGAGUAAUGGGUCAAACAAACAGCUCAAUUGUUAAAUGUAAACAUCAGCCAAAAGUUGAAAUAACAGCAACACUCAAGAUUCAAGGACUGACAGAUGACAAAGUAAAAGAAUAUAAACACAUUUUGCUUAAUCUAUAAUAAAUAAGUCAACAUCAGGUGUUAGAAUAAAGCACAUCAGUUAAAUAAUUCAGUUCAGAGUAAUUGCGAUGUUUUGAGUGGAACUAAGCAAAGUCAAAAUUUAGAUGCAGAAUAUGAAAAGUACACAACAAGUGAUGCAGACUCAAUGGCAAGUUAUCUUAAAACUCCUGCAAAAAAGAAAUAAACAAAACCAUGGAGCUGAAGCUUGUUCAAGUCACUUAUGGGAGAUGUAGUAUAUGUAGGGUUAAGUUAAAAAAAGGGGUCAAAGAAAAUGUAAAUAAUAAUUUGCCCAAAAAACCCAUAUGUUCUGCUGGAAUUCCAAUCAGAAAAAUGUCUUUGUGAAUACUGUGAGUAGACAUUUUUCUGUGUUACAUUGCAUACAAAUUAUAUUGUUUAAUGUAGAGUACAUUGGCAUUUUAGUGUUUUUAUCUAUGGUGAGACUUGCUUGACAGACUGAUUUGGCUGGAAUGAAUUGAAUGUUUCUUUCUCUUAAACACACAUUAUUAUUUAUUUUUUGAAAAUCUUAUUUUAAUAGUUAUUAUAUGUCAUAAUGUGGAAUGUGAGUGUAUUAGAAUGAACAAAAAUGUUAGUAUUUCCUGAAUUAAUUUAUCUAUUGAUCUAAUGAGAAUCAAAUUUUUGUACUGUAAUAAAUUGGAUGUGAGUGCUUAGAAAUAAUGAAGGUGGAUAUGUGAAAAGAAUGUUGCUGUCUCUUAUCCAUGAAUUAUUUUAUAAUUGUGUACUGAUGUUAGUGCAACCUAAUUAAAGUAAAUUAUAUCACACUGAUUUCACUCAAUAUAGCUUUAGAACAAUGUGAAAUAGCCUUACAACUGUUUAAACUAUAUACAAUUUAUGUCUGAUUUAAUGUACACAUAGUGGUUAAUGUAUGAAGAAAGUAAUAACUGAUUCUGUGAUUAGACCACAGUUAUUUUGGUUAGACCAGGAAAAACUAGUACCAUCAACCAAUAGGAUGGUAUGGUGUGAUGGUGGAGCAAACAACUGCUAACCCAAAAGUCCCAAGUUUAGAUCCUUGACAGCAGGACAUUACUGUGUCUACUCAACUCUAAUGUGUACCUGACUCAUGUUAGGGAAACUUAACAUGCCUUUGCAUAAUAUCAACCUUAUUGUUCCUUUAUAUGCCAUAGUUAAU